GUAGUCUUUCCUGCCCUGGCAUUGGUCGGUUGCCAGAGGAAGGGAAGGUGGGCAGAGGGGCUGCUGGCGCCUGGCUGGCAUCCUUCGCCCACCCAGGCAGGCUGGUGGCCCCGGCUUCUCCAGCCUUCCUCCUGCGCGCCUCCUGCGCCCGAUCCCGGCUGGGUUGGGCUGCCUGCUGGCUCCCCCAAGCCAGGGCGAAGCCAAGAGGGUCCGUGGGAAGAGGGCUUCUCCCGCCAGCCAUGAGGAGGCACGGCUCGGGCUCGGCGGCGGAUCGCAACAAGGAGCCCAUCCUGGCCGUCCUGCGGGCUUACGUGGGCACCGGGCACCGCCUGCAGGUGCUGGAGGUGGCCUCGGGCUGCGGGCUGCACGCGGCGCAUUUCGCCCAAGCGCUGCCCAACCUGGAGUGGCAGCCUUCCGAGGUGGAUCCCCAGGCCCUGGCCAGCAUCUCAGCCUUUAUCCAAACUCUCCGCCUCUCAAAUGUCAAGCCGCCCAUCUACUUGGACUCCUCUCAGAGCUGGGAGACCUGGGGAGGUCUCCGUCCAGAUUCUUUGGAUCUCAUCGUCAACAUCAACAUGAUUCACAUCUCAGAGAUGAAGUGCACCCAGGGCUUGUUCCAGGGAGCCGGAAAACUACUCAAACCCAAAGCAGUGAUGAUCACCUAUGGACCCUACGCGGUGAAUGGUUUAAUCACUCCACAAAGCAACGUGGAUUUUGACUACAGGUUAAGGCGGAGCAAUCCAGCUUGGGGUCUCAGGGACACCGCUGUUCUUCAACAGCUUGCUGAGGCCAACGGGAUGCAGUUAGAAGACAUGGUCGACAUGCCGGCAAACAACAAAUGCCUCAUUUUCCGCAAACACUAAAGUCGCCGGAUGGUUGUCUGUCCGAGGGAACUUCAUGGAACACUUCAAGGUGCGGCGGAGGUCUUCUUCUCCCCUUCUGCAGGAUUUCUUCUGCUUCUCUCCUGCUGAGCUCUUACUUCUCGACCCAUCCACAAGGAAGUCCUUACCGGGGUGGUUGGGACCAAGUGCCAUAAUCAUUUCAUAGCUGGGGAAGGAAACAUUGCGGAAGAACCGUGGCCCAGCAGAAAUGGUGGGUCAUGUUGAUCUUGACUUUUUCUGGUGGAGAGAUAGGCUCUUCGUGCCUCUUUGGAGUUGGGGGCUAGAUGCUUGCAUUGUUGGACAAGGGAGAAUUUGUGGACCACUGUUGUACAUGCAAUGGCUUGACUAGUGUGGCUAUCAUGCAUUUUAUCUGCCUUGGACAUGAUGCUUCAGAAUCAGUUUUAGCUUGUGGCCCUCACAUCACAAAUUUAGAGGCCCCCCUUCAGCCUCAGAAACAGGGUAUGUUUCCAGGGUACAUUAAACAAACUCGGUUAAUGAAACUGAACCUCUACCAGGUGGCUUGCUGGUCCUCCACAACAGCCCCAUAAUAUGGUGGAUUCAGAACGCUGCACCAUUGUAACCAAGGUUUGAAAUCCUGGGAUUUCAAAUAUCAGGACGCCUUAAACGCCUCCGUGGGUUUUGAUUGGGAUAACAUGGCAAGCCACAAAUCCUGGUUAAUACACGAGGGCUGGGCUUGGGAGGUGAAAUGAGCCAUUUUGCUGGCUGUGGUGAGGUUGUGGCUUUGGAAGAGGGCUAUGAGGAAAGGCCGCAGGAAUGAGAAUUUAGGAAUAAUGCUUCAAGACAGGGCAAACUUUAAGACUUGCGGAUUUCAACUCCAGCCAGCAGAAUUCUGAGAGUUGAAGUCCACAAAUCUUAAAAGUUGCUUGAGUUGGACAUUCUGGCUUUAAGAAGUCUGGGACAUAAUUUAUUUUUUCCUGAUAAAUUACUAAAACUUUUGAUGUUUAAAUGGAAGGGGAGACAAAACGCCUGUAAGCUCCCCCUCUCCAGUUGAAAAUAUACCAUAUUUUUGGGGUCCCUCUCUGCCUCCGAUACAGAGCCCUCAUCCAAGCCUUCCCCAGACCUCCAGGACUGGCCCAUGCCCCCCCCCCCCAAAACCUCCUCACUGUCUGAAUCUGCUGCCAGCUCCACUGGCCCAGUUUUCUGCAGGAAUGAGGAAUGGGUUGGUUUGCUUUUGAACCUGGUGAAUUGCACACCGCUCACACCGUGUGAGGGGUGAUAACUUACAAACUUUUUUUGCUGACAUAACUAAGUGCUUGGGUUAAUUGUUUACAAUCCAGUGCUUUUCGCAUGUCUCUAGGCCAGUGUUUCUCAACCUUGGCAACUUGAAGAUGUCCGGACUUCAACUCCCAUGCUGGCUGGGGAAUUCUGGGAGUUGAAGUCCAGACAUCUUCAAGUUGCUAAGGUUGAGAAACACUGCUCUAGGCAGAGUUCCCUUUAAAGCUGAUAAGUGAUUUUUAAUUAUUAUUUUUUCUUGCAACCUCUCUUCCAAUGUUUUCAUUUUUUUUUUCUUUUUUUAAAAAAGAGAGAGAUUAGGGUCUUUUCUAUGUCCAGGAGAAGAAAAUUAAAUCCUUGUCUCUCUAAUUUGUAU